AUGUUAUUAUUCCAUCAACCAAAUGCUUUUGCAGAAGACUCUUCUACGUCAGGUUCUAUUUUUGUACCAAUUAACGCUGUACCUGUCCAAAUAACAAAUCCUAAUCAUGGCGAAGAAUUAAACCAUCUUUCCAGAGAUCUCAUAAAAGAUCAAGAUGUUUCUGAACUUUUUUACACGCCAGGAUUUCCAGUGCCACCUGAAAUAGAUGUAACAGCUCCUUAUCCGGAUCUAUUCCCGGAGCAAUCAGGAAUUACUGCAGGUUUUCCAAUCGAAGAUACUAAUGAUGAUUCUAAGGAAUCAGUUACAAGCAAAUAUCCGGGUACAAAACCUGGUUUUCCAGGAAAUCCAGAGAGCAGUGUUAUACCUAAUCAGAAUGCAAAUAGUUCUACUACGUUGAAGCCAGCAGAAGGAUCAGGAGAUGAGGUUGGUCACGAAAGUCAUAGCUCACACGAGAGUCACUCUUCUCAUGAAACUAACAACUCUCAUGAAUCUCAUACUUCACACGAAAGCCACACCUCACAUGAAUCUCAUAGUUCUCAUGAAAGCCACAGUUCCCAUGAAAGCCAUAGCUCGCAUGAGUCGUCUGGAAAUACUGAAGAAGAUUCUGAAACACCAACGCCAGGGUAUCCCGAAGAUUCCGGAAAUAUGGUUACUCCUGUAUUGCCAGAUAUAGGAGCCACUAAUGCUCCUGAAUUAAGCUCUACAGGGACUCCUAGGCCAACUCCAGGAAUUCCUGGACAUGGACACAAUUCUCACGAAAGUCAUAGUUCACAUGAAAGUCAUAGCUCUCAUGAAUCUAACAGCUCUCAUGAGAGCCAAACAUCUCAUGAGUCUCACAGUUCUCAUGAAAGUCACAGUUCACACGAGACGUCAGGAAAUUCCGGAGAAGAUUCUGGAAUAUUGGCUCCUGGAUAUCCAGGACAGCCCGGAAUUAACGUAACUCCUGAAUUACCAGAUACAGGAAACACGAAUUCUACAACACACAGUUCGACGAGUCAUCCAGGACCAACGCCAGGAAUUCCUGGCCAUGGCGAUUCUCAUGAAAACCACAAUUCCCACGAAAACCACAAUUCUCACGAAAGUCAUAGCUCACAUGAAAGUCAUAGCUCUCAUGAAUCUAAUAGCUCUCAUGAGAGUCAAACAUCCCACGAGUCUCACAGUUCUCAUGAAAGUCACAGUUCACACGAGACGUCAGGAAAUUCCGGAGAAGAUUCUGGAACAUUGGCUCCUGGAUAUCCAGGACAGCCCGGAAAUAACGUAACUCCUGAAUUACCAGAUGCAGGAAACACGAAUUCUCCAACACACAGUUCGACGAGUCAUCCAGGACCAACGCCAGGAAUUCCUGGCCAUGGCGAUUCUCAUGAAAACCACAAUUCUCACGAAAGUCAUAGCUCACAUGAAAGUCAUAGCUCUCAUGAAUCUAAUAGCUCUCAUGAAUCUAAUAGUUCUCAUGAGAGUCAAACGUCUCAUGAAUCCCACAGUUCUCAUGAAAGUCACAGUUCACACGAAACUUCAGGAAAUUCUGGAGAAGAUUCUGGAACAUUGGCUCCUGGAUAUCCAGGACAGCCCGGAAAUAACGUCACUCCUGGAUUACCAGAUACAAAUUCCUCAACACCCAGUUCUACGAGUCAUCCAGGACCAACGCCAGGAAUUCCUGGCCAUGGCGAUUCUCAUGAAAACCACAAUUCCCACGAAAACCACAAUUCUCACGAAAGUCAUAGCUCACAUGAAAGUCAUAGCUCUCAUGAAUCUAAUAGCUCUCAUGAGAGUCAAACAUCCCACGAGUCUCACAGUUCUCAUGAAAGUCACAGUUCACACGAGACUUCAGGAAAUUCUGGAGAAGAUUCUGGAACAUUGGCUCCUGGAUAUCCAGGACAACCCGGAAAUAAUGUCACUCCCGAAUUACCAGAUACAGGAAACACAAAUUCCCCAGCACACAGUUCGACGAGUCAUCCAGGAACAAAGCCAGGAAUUCCUGGCCAUGGAGAUUCACACGAAAACCACAAUUCUCACGAAAGUCAUAGCUCUCAUGAAAGUCAUAGCUCUCAUGAAUCUAAUAGCUCUCAUGAGAGUCAAACAUCCCACGAGUCUCACAGUUCUCAUGAAAGUCACAGUUCACAUGAGACUUCAGGACAUUCAGGAGAAGACUCAGGAACAUUGGCUCCUGGAUAUCCAGGACAGCCCGGAAAUAACGUCACUCCUGGAUUACCAGGUUCAAAUUCCUCAACACUCACUUCCACGAGUCAUCCAGGACCAACGCCAGGAAUUCCUGGUCAUGGCGAUUCUCAUGAAAACCACAAUUCUCACGAAAGUCAUAGCUCACAUGAAAGUCAUAGCUCUCAUGAAUCAAACAGCUCUCAUGAAUCAAAUAGCUCUCAUGAGAGUCAAACAUCUCACGAGUCUCACAGUUCUCAUGAAAGUCACAGCUCACACGAGACCUCAGAAAAUUCUGGAGAAGAUUCUGGGACAUUGGCUCCUGGAUAUCCAGGACAACCCGGAAAUAACGUCACUUCUGGAUUACCAGAUACAGGAAACACAAAUUCCCCAGCACAUUCUUCGACAAGUCAACCAGGACCAACUCCAGGAAUUCCUGGCCAUGGAGAUUCACACGAAAGUCAUAGCUCACAUGAAAGUCAUAGCUCACAUGAAAGUCAUAGCUCUCAUGAAUCUAAUAGCUCUCAUGAGAGUCAAACAUCCCACGAGUCUCACAGUUCUCAUGAAAGCCACAGUUCACACGAGACUUCAGGAAAUUCCGGAGAAGAUUCUGGAACAUUGGCUCCUGGAUAUCCAGGACAACCCGGAAAUAACGUCACUCCGGGAUUACCAAGCACAAAUUCCUCAACACCCAGUCCGACGAGUCAUCCAGGACCAACGCCAGGAAUUCCUGGCCAUGGCGAUUCUCAGGAAAACCACAAUUCUCACGAAAGUCAUAGCUCACAUGAAAGUCAUAGCUCUCAUGAAUCUAAUAGCUCUCAUGAGAGUCAAACAUCUCACGAGUCUCACAGUUCUCAUGAAAGUCACAGUUCACACGAGACAUCAGGAAAUUCCGGAGAAGAUUCUGGAACAUUGGCUCCUGGAUAUCCUGGAAAACCCGGAAAUAGCGUCACUCCUGGAUUACCAGAUACAAAUUCCUCAACACCCAGUUCUACGAGUCAUCCAGGACCAACGCCAGGAAUUCCUGGCCAUGGCGAUUCACAUGAAAACCACAAUUCUCACGAAAACCACAAUUCUCACGAAAGUCAUAGCUCACAUGAAAGUCAUAGCUCUCAUGAAUCAAAUAGCUCUCAUGAAUCGAAUAGCUCUCAUGAGAGUCAAACAUCUCACGAAUCUCACAGUUCUCAUGAAAGUCACAGCUCACACGAGACCUCAGAAAAUUCAGGAGAAGAAUCUGAAACACCAACACCAGGAUAUCCAGGACAACCUGAAAAUAAUGUAACUCCUGGAAUACCGAAUACAGGAAACACACAUGCUCCUGAAAUAAGCUCUACCAGUCAUCCAGGGCCAACUCCAGGAAUUCCAGGCCACGGAGAUUCACAUGAAAGCCAUAACUCACACGAAUCUCACUCUUCUCAUGAAUCUAACACCUCCCAUGAAUCCCAAUCAUCUCAUGAAUCCCACUCUUCUCACGAAUCUAACACCUCCCAUGAAUCCCACUCUUCUCACGAAUCCCACUCCUCGCAUGAAACAUCACAAGAAUCAGGCCAACCAGAGGCAGGAUUUCCUGGUCAACCAACUCAAAAACCAGGAUCAAGUUCUACCAGCAAUCCUUGCAUUUGUCCUGUAGAUUCAUCAAGUAACUCUGACAUUACAUUCGACAUAGAAAACUUUAUGGAAAAGAUAACUAAUCCAGAAGCCAGGCAGGAAUUAGAAGAAUUUCUCCAAAAUUGGGAAGUGAAGAUUAUGGAAGUUGCGUUCUUUUAA